UUUUGUUUCGCGUGUGUGAAAUCGGGAAAAUCAACCGAACAAUAAAAUAAGCAACGGCUUCUGGCACGCUGCCAAUAUUGACAAAGACAACUUCAGAACCCUAUAUAAGCUCAUCCUGUUAGAGACAAGAAGUUAGUGCCACCACAAACUUCGUUGUUAAUACUCAAACGUAAAAAUUAUAUCUGUUAGCCAUGAAAUCAUUGACUGCGCUAUGUUUAAUAUUUGGUUUAGCCAUAUAUUAUGUCAAUGCCGAUUGUCCAGAUACGGAAGAUGUUGUGUGGACUCUUGGUGACGGCUGCCAAGUGUUUCGCAAUAAAUGUUACCUAAUUAGGGCAAACAUGGUGCGCAAGCCAGGCUAUACAGUUACCACCAAAGAGGAGUGCCAGAAACAUUGCCCCGAAGUGUGCCCGGCAAUUCAUAGCCCAACAACUGGAAAUUAUAAGGGGCAUAUCCGGGAAUUCGUCAACAGCUGCUUAAAACGGGUCCACACAUGUCGCACUGGCGAGACUUUUUUGUAAACUCACGCGAGUACCUCAAACAUGUGUAACCAUCAAGCAAUUUGUAUAAAAAUUAAAGAUGAAAAGUAGAGACUUGUUCUGCAUGCAUACUUUAAAGUAAUGAUUAAUUGGGGAGAGUAAACAAUAUGAAUAUAAAUGAGCUUAUGUAAUGGAAAUGAAAUGCAAAUAAAUAUCUUCUUGA